AUGUCCUGCUCUGACCUGUCCCCCUGUGGCAUCCUGCGCCCCCAGCCCCUGGCUGACAGCGGGAACGAGCCCUGUGUGCGCCAGUGCCCCGACUCCACCGCCCUGAUCCAGCCCCCCCCCGUGGUGGUCACCUUCCCUGGGCCCAUCCUCAGCUCCUUCCCUCAGGAUUCCAUCGUGGGAUCCGCUGGAGCCCCCGUUCUUGGGGGCUAUGGGGGCUCCCUGGGCUAUGGGGGCUAUGGAUCCCUGGGUUAUAGGGGCUCCCUGGGCUAUGGGGGCUAUGGAUCCCUGGGUUAUGGGGGCUCCCUGGGCUAUGGGGGUUAUGGCUCCCUGGGUUAUGGGGGAUAUGGAUCCCUGGGUUAUGGGGGAUAUGGAUCCCUGGGUUAUGGGGGUUAUGGCUCCCUGGGCUAUGGGGGAUAUGGAUCCCUGGGUUAUGGGGGAUAUGGAUCCCUUGGCUAUGGAGGAUAUGGAUCCCUGGGCUAUGGGGGUCUGUGGGGCUCUGGCAGAUCCUAUGGCUCCUGCAGCCCCUACUCCUACAGGUCCAGCAGGUACAGCCGUGGCAGCUUUGGGCCCUGCUGAGCCCCACGGGG